CAGGAGGCGUUCUGCUGCACCGGCUCGCCAGGCACGAGAUUUGUGCGACAGGCGUGGUUCGCCUAAUUGACAGGACGCCGGGCUGACCGUUGUCUUCGGGCCAAACCUCACCGGCGCCGACGCUACAAUGGCAGGCUCGGACAAAAACGGAGGAAACUCCGAGAAACUUACAAACCGUGGCGACGGCGUCACAGCAACGCCGGCGAUGUCGUCAACGCAACAUCGGGGUGGCGCAUCUACCUUUGUGUCCGGCGCCAUGGGCAGCAUGAGCUCAGCGAGCCGGUCGUCGACCUCGAGCAUCUCGGAGGAAGAGGAGCAUACCAGCGGCAGUUUCAAGGGGGAGGCCGUGUCUCCCAAAAAACUAAAAGAGAUGAUGCGACAGAAAAAAAGUUCUGCUGUGAAAGUUUUGGUUGCCUUGUUUCCAAGGAUACCGAAGGUGACCACGGUGCUUCUGGAGUUCUUCAUCAUGCGCGAGAACAAGGUCUCGCUGCUUCGCGACCCGCUCUCGCACUUCUGCCAGGAGCAGUCGGUGCUGGCGGCCCAGGACUGCCUGCAGAAGCUGCACCGGCAGUUCAUCACGUACCAGGACAUCCGCGACAUGGUCGAGAACCUGAUGGGGCUGCACAGCCUGUGCAUGAAGCGGGCGCCCGUCACGGCGCGAAGCCUCGGCCUGGUCAUUCGCAAGCUGACCAUCAUCGUUGGUGAGCUGGCCAUUUCUCUCGAGAAGAUCUCUGAGGUGCCGGUUACCGACUGGAUGGCUGUCGGCGACUCUGUCGUCACGCGCACCGACAGGAUGAUGAUCGAAGAACAGCAUCCGUUCACUGAAUUCAUUCCAAGGGCGCGAGAUCUCGAGUCUCUGAAGCUUCUCGGGGCAGGCGGCUUUGGCGCCGUAUACAAAGCCCGAUACAAGCCGGCCAACCUUAUCUGCACGGUGAAGGUGAUCGCCUCAGACCGAUUUAAUCGCCCAAAGCAGGCGUGCAUUGACAAGGUGGUCGCUUCCGUCGUCCGGAGCCCUUUUCUCGUCAAGUACUACGCAUGCUUCGCUACAAAGUACGCGUAUGUGACAGUGAUGGAGUACGUGUGUGGGGUGGACCUCAUGCGCGUGAUGGAGCGCGCCAUGUUCCUGCCCAUUGACCAGGUACGAGUCAUCAUGGCCCAGCUCAUACUGGCCGUAGAGCACAUGCACCUCAAGGGCUUCUUGCACCGGGACAUUAAGGUGUCGAACAUGCUCAUAAUACCCGGAGGAAGAGUCAAGCUCAUAGAUUUUGACACCAAUAAAAUUUGCCUAGGACACUUUACGAAACGCGUCAUACGAGGCUACUUCCGGCGAACCCCGUUCGAAUUCAGGGAUGGAGAAUCCGCCGGGACUAUUCCCUAUAUGGCUCCGGAAAUUCUCAAGCAAAGGCCGUACGGUCGCGCCUGCGACUGGUGGUCCACCGGUGUGGUGUUCUACAAACUGAUGACUGGUCGAGUGCCGUUCCGAGGCCAAACCAAGAGGCUGCUUCGCGACCGCAUCAUUGCGUCGCCACUCAAGUGGCCUAAGGUUCACGAACACCCGCACUCGGCCACCACCACCGCCAAAGACAUGGUGUACCUGUUACUCAAGAAGAAUCCCGUCGAACGGCUCGGCUCCAAGCAGUACCGUCGCAUCAAGUUCACGAAAUGA